AUGUUGCGUAUUGUCGAAACCCAAGUCAUUCAAGAGUCAUGCCGCAUGAGCAUUGGAAGCAUCACGCUCGAAAGAACUGCCACGGAGCUUGUGGACAACUCUUGGGCUCAGCCGUGGCACCCGCGCAACUUUGCUCGGCUGGUGAUGGCGAAGUCGGCGCUCGACUCGAUUGCUUGGGAGCUCGAGCGCAACAUGGAUGCUUUAGGCUUGUAUUCGAAAACCGACGUUCUCGAGCCUUGGGAGGCAGAGGCGUGGGAUCGUCUCCGGCAAGCUGUGCAAAUGCUCAAGGUGAAAACGGACAACAUUCUCCAGGCCUAUAUGCAGGCUGUAUCAAUCCGGGAAAGCGUCACCUCUAACAAGCAGGCUUUACAUGUGGGGUAUCUGACAUCUCUAGCGACGGUCUUUAUACCUAUCUCGUUUGUGGCAGCAAUCUUUUCCAUGGGAGGGGACUUUGCAGCUGGUGAGAGCCGAUUCUGGGUGUACUGGACCAUCGCGAUUCCAGUGUUGGCUGUUGGAUGCUGGUUGCUUUUUACAAGUCGUGGCCGACGGAGUUUAGAGACCGCCUCUGCCGAGACUUUCCUUGUCUAG